AUGGCCUACGAGACUAAUGGCAUCGAUAACACAGUCUCCGAACCUCCCGUAUCUCAACCACCUCCUUCUGGACCGUACGUUCACCCAGCCUUGCGUGGCGCAUCCCAACAAAUACGCCUCAUCAGCAUCUCUUCAGCUACGAAAGGCGAUGACCUGCUCUGCUCUAUGAAAGUGUAUGACCUGAAAGCUGUCAGUGGGCACUCAUACCUCGCGAUCUUCACAAGAUGUCUCUUCUCUGGCAAGACAUGGCACGUUACGAAAAAACGCGAUCUCGUCUAUUUGGUGGUAACAUAUGGUCGGCGGCAUUGCACUGACAUGAGGGACAAGAUCUAUGGCCUCCUCCCGCUUGCAGAUGUCGCAGAUCGAGAGGAAAUUCCCGUGGAUUAUGAUCUACCAUUAUCCUCACUCUUGAAACGGUACGAAGCUUUCUGCUCGGAGUUUUGGGUCACAGCAGAUGACGGUUGGACUACCGCGAAGCGGCCGCCCAGUGUGCAGCGAGAGAGUAUCCACAUCUUGGCUCAAGCAUUCAGUGAGGACGAGGCGUUCACUACAAACUUCGUGGAAGUUACUCGCCAUUGCCCGAGCUCCGAGAGCCAAAAGCCAAAGAGACUGUCCCCCAAAAUGUGGCAGACGUACCGCAUUGACACCGAGACCGGUGAUGCAUUGAACCCUAUGAACGAUUUCACAUGGACACCUCUAGCUGGGGCUAUGCUUCGCACGCAUGGAUCUUCCCGCCAUUGA